AUGAUUUUCUCCUCCCGUUAUCAAAUCGACAUCCCCGCAGUGGAUAUCCUUACUUAUGUGUUUGGGACCCCAGCGUUGCGGAGUGAUCCACCUCUUUUUGUCGACGCAGAGAAGCCUUCAAGAGCACUUCGCAAGGGUGAACUAGAGACCUGCGUAAAACGGCUUGCAGGCGGCCUUCGCCAGACCCUCGACUUACAGGAUGAUGAUGUUGUCGUUGCGUUCGCUAAGAAUUGUAUUUGGUACCCUGUAGUUUUUCUUGGUGCGAUUUGCGCCGGUGGGAUCUUCUCCGGCGCGAAUUUGCAACAUACCUCGACAGAACUUAUUGAGCAACUCAGUCUAUGCAGAGCGAAGUGUGUUUUCACUGACACUGAGCGACUCGACAAGGUCAUUGAGGCUGCAGACGCUAUUGGCUUGCCGAGGUCUUCGGUCAUACUCCUUGACGGGGAAGGUCAGGCUGCGACCGUUGGGUUCCGACACAUACGUGACCUCUUCGGCGAACCGCUCGCAUGGCAGGUUGAGAAUGACACAGGAGUGUUGAGAGAGAACAGUGGAACCACGGGAAAGAUCAAAGCAUGCAUGAUCACACACUACAACUUUGUGGCAAACGGCGAGCAAACACUUCACCUUGAUCGUAUGAGUCAGGCCCGAGCGAAGGAGUCGGAUCAAAAGAUACACGAUGUUCAUUGCAUAUUUUCCGCGUUCUCCCAUGCCAGUGGUCUACUCACGUGCUGCGUGGCCAACGUUCGACGAUCAUGCACGACUGUUGUCCUACCCGAGUUUCGUUUAGAAACAUUUCUCGGUGCUAUUCAAGAGUUUCGUGUCACGCACCUGCUGUUAGCCCCACCAGUGGUUGUUCCGUUGUUGAAAAGCGAUCUUUUAUCGCGGUAUGACGUCUCGAGUGUGACGUCUCUCGUCUGCGGAGCAGCACCCCUGCAGCCCGAUGUCUCCAAGAGGCUCGAGAAUGUCUUCAACCCCAACAAGGCCCACAGUCGGCAAGGAUGGGGAAUGACCGAGGCCACGAUGGCUGUUACCCUCUUCGCCCCUCAUGAGUUUGAUCCUUCUCACAAAGGUGUCGGGUACCUUCUUCCCAACAUGCGAUUGAAGGUCGUCAGCCAUGAUGGCCGCGAGGUCGGCUACGAGGAAGAGGGAGAGGCCUUCAUCCAGGGCCCGAACAUAUUCAAAGGCUACUACAAGGACCCAGACGCAACACGAGAGAAUCUGACAGAAGACGGCUGGCUGAAAACGGGAGACGUUGUAAAGUUGCAGAGGAACGGCCUUUUGACCAUUGUUGACCGAAAGAAAGAAUUCAUCAAAGUUGGCGGAGUGCAGGUGGCCCCCGCCGAACUUGAAGGGUAUCUCCUUGAGCAUGAGCUUGUUAAAGAUUGUGCUGUGAUACGCGUGAUGCGAGACGGACAGGAAUGUCCACAGGCUCACAUCGUCCCCGCGAACGAGAACCUCGACGUGGAAUCCAUCGUUGAUUUCAUGGAACAUCGACUCGCGGCAUACAAAAGACUCACGGGAGGGAUUGUGUUCACAAAGGCCAUCCCGAAGUCAGGUUCGGGCAAGAUUCUACGUCGAUUGAUCCAAGACCCCGAGGCAGCUGCUUAG